CAUUUGGAAAGAGCGCUCAUGUCAGGGUUAACAUGGUUGCUACUGAUGUUUAUAUUGUAACGGUUGUUAUUUAAUGUCGGGGAUUUACACUCGCUUAAUAGAUGUUGGACUGUGUUAAUGAUAUGUUACAACAUACGCCAUUAUUAUAUCAUUCUUUACUUCAGCCAAUCACGCUGCCUCCUUGAUCUACCCAGCAAAAUUCUUGAACCGAGAACACGCCGUCACCCUCUACAGGGAUGUCAAAGUCGUUUCGCAGCUGAGGGGUGCCUGCAAUGCGUUUCAGAGGCAGGCCCGCGCUGCGCAGCCCACGCAAGAGGACCUUGUCAAUGCAAAUAAGUGGUUGCCAUGGGAUGAGGUGAUUCAUUGUGUGGACAUGCAGACAGAAAGAUUUGACAUGGCACGCUCACAGAGUGCCAAGGCUAGGGAGAGCAGGAAUCUGCUGUCGAUCGCGCUUUUCGUAUUGAUACCUCCUUCCAGAGGACAAGAGAUCCGGACACUGCGAAUUGCCCCGUCCGGUGACAGAGAACACGUCCAGGGACUGAAUUCAUUAGUCUUGAAUUCAGAUGGCACCCUCAUGUUCAGAUUCGAGGAUUACAAAACAUAUGGCUCUCAUGGGGUUGAUGUCACAAAUUUGCCAGAAGAUCACAGAUUGAACGUCAUCAUAAGGGAAUAUCUGGACAAAUACAGAGAUAUUCUUCUCGACGCCGCUGACGAUGGCACAACCAACAAUUUUCUUCUCCUGGGUUAG